AUGCAUGGGGAGAAGAACUUUUGUGACAAUAUAUUAUGGACAAUACUUGGAGUUGUAGGAAAAUCUAAGGACAAUCCUAGUGCCAGGCGUGAUCUAGAAUUUCUACAUAUUAGAAAGUCGUUGCAUUUGCAGUCAAGAGGGUCCAAGAAAGCAUAUAUGCCACCACCACAAUUUACAAUGAGCAAAGAAGAAAAGAGGAUAUUUCUCAAAGUAUUAAAGGAAGUUCGAGUGCCAGACGGUUAUGCAUCGAAUAUCUCAAGACGUGUGCGCCUAGAUGAUACAAGUAUUGGGGGACUUAAGAGUCAUGACAACCAUAUUCUAAUGCAACAACUUAUACCUAUUGCCAUUCGAAAAGCGUUGCCUAAGAAGGUGGUUGAACCCUUGAUUGAAUUGGGAAAUUGUUUUAGACAAUUUUGCUCCAAAGUUAAUCGUGCUUCAGACUUGGAAUAUCUUGAAGAUCGUUUUGUAGUGACGCUGUGCCAUCUUGAGAAAAUAUUUCCACCAUCCUUUUUUGAUAUAAUGGAACACUUGGCUGUACAUUUAGCUGAAGAAGCAUUAAUUGCUGGACCGGUUCAAUUUCGAUGGAUGUAUCCAAUCGAGAGAUUCCUUCUUAUGCUGAAACAAUAUGGGCGGAAUAAAGCUUAUCCGGAGGCUUCAAUAGUUAAAGGUUACUUGAUGGAAGAUUGUAUGAAUUUUUGUGCGCAGUAUUUGAAUGACGUGGAAACAAAAUUGAAUCGUCCAGCGAGGAACUAUGAUGGCGGUGACAGUAUGGGUCGGGGUGUGGGGGAAAACACGAUAUUUCACCUUGAUGAUAGAGAAUGGAUACAAGCUCAUCGAUAUAUUUUGUUCAACACCAAUUCAGUUGCACCUUUCAUUACGAAGCACCUUGAAUUUCUCAAAAAUAAGAUGCCUCGAGCUGAUGAUCAUCAAAUUCAGCAGGAGCAUUUUGAAACAUUUCAUGCUUGGUUCAAGGACCAUGUCCAACUUUUGUUGAGAACAAGCAUCGUCACAUUUUCUGAAGAAAUCCAUAAGUUGGCUAUUGAUCCUCAUACCAUCGCAAGGAGAUUUAGUGGCUAUGCUAUUAAUGGGUUUCGUUUUCGUGUGAAAUCUAUUGAUGACAAUCGUUCGACUCAAAAUAGUGGUGUAGCUUUGAAAGCAAAUACAUUGAGUUAUGCGAGUAGGAAAGACAAAAAUCCUCGGGUAGGACCAGUAUACUACUAUGGAUGCCUCACUGAUAUUGUGGAAAUUCGAUACACUAAUGAUACAAAAUACGUGAUGUUCAAGUGUGACUGGAUUGAUAAUAUUCAUGGGAAGAAAGAAGAUGCCUUCAAAUUUACAUUGGUCAAUUUCAACCAUUUGUUGUACCGAGAGGAUCAAGCUACCAAUGAACCUUACAUCUUGGCAUCCCAAGCAGAACAGGUUUGGUAUGUUCCAGAUCCGAUCGAACCUGAUUGGCAAGUCGUUAUAAAGAUGUCGCAGAGAGGGCUGUAUGAUAUGCAUUCCAAUGAUCCCCAAGUAGAUCCCUAUUUGAGCCAGCAAUUGGAAGAGAACAUAGGGCGCCAAGAUGAAGAUCUUGGUUGGGUGAGGGAAGGAGAAGAAGGUGACAUCAUCGAUGAAGAUGUUUAG